CCCUAGUUGAUUUCAUUUCGCGUGCAAUUGAAUUUCAAUUUCCUUCCAGAGGCUUAAUAUCUCCGUCUUUCGCCGUUUCAAGCCCUAGUCACCCAUCAUCUCUUGUCCCCAACUCAUUUCUCUCUCCUUCGGGAAUCCUAGCCUCCAAUUCACCAUCCUGUUUUCGACAUGAAAGGUGGCAAAUCGAAGGCUGAAUCUAAGAAAGCUGAUGCCAAACUUGCUGUGAAUAAGAAGGGCGGCGCCGCCACCAAGGCAGGCAGGAAAUCAAGUAAGGGGAAGGCUGCGAAAGACCCUAACAAACCAAAGAGACCGGCCAGUGCCUUCUUUGUUUUCAUGGAGGAGUUUAGGAAGCAGUUUAACAAGGAAAAUCCUGACAACAAAGCAGUGUCUGCUGUUGGCAAAGCUGCUGGGGCGAAAUGGAAGUCCAUGUCUGAUGCUGAGAAGGCACCCUAUGUUGCUAAAGCAGAGAAACGAAAGGCUGAUUACGAGAAGAAUAUGAAAGCUUAUAACAAGAGACAGGCGGAAGGUCCAAAUGCUGCAGAUGAAGAAGAAUCUGAGAAGUCAGUUUCUGAGGUGAAUGAUGAAGAUGAAGGAGAUGAAGAGGGCAGUGAUGAGGAGGAAGAUGACGAGUAGAGAUGGACUAUAGCUGUUCUGAACACUCUUGUCUUUUCAUGUUAAGUCUAUUUCCUGCUUCCAAAAAAUAUUGCUGCUCCCUUAAUUGUUUUGUGUUGUCCCUUCUGGAAGUUAAUAGUAUAGUAGGGAUUUAAGCUCUAUUUGUACUUUCUAGUCUUUAGCUGAGUGGCGAUGGCCUCUUGUAGAGCUUUUAGUUUGAUCAUAUGCUUAUCUGGCUGGAACCUGGUUACUUUGUAUCAAUAUAAUUGGGCCUAUCAUUCGCUGCA